AUGGACGUAGGAACGCGUGCAAUGGACGCAGGGACGCGUGCAAUGGAGGCAGGAACGCGUGCAAUGGAGGCAGGGACGCGUGCAAUGGAGGCAGGGACGCGUGCAAUGGAGGCAGGGACGCGUGCAAUGGAGGCAGGAACGCGUGCAAUGGAGACGCGUGCAAUGGAGGCAGGAACGCGUGCAAUGGAGGCAGGGACGCGUGCAAUGGACGUAGGAACGCGUGCAAUGGAGGCAGGGACGCGUGCAAUGGAGGCAGGAACGCGUGCAAUGGAGGCAGGAACGCGUGCAAUGGAGGAAGGAACGCGUGCAAUGGAGGCAGGGACGCGUGCAAUGGAGGAAGGAACGCGUGCAGGGACGCGUGCAAUGGAGGCAGGAAGGAACGCGUGCAAUGGAGGUAGGAACGCGUGCAAUGGAGGCAAUGGAGGAAGGAACGCGUGCAAUGGAGGAAGGAACGCGUGCAAUGGAGGAAGGAACGCGUGCAAUGGAGGAAGGAACGCGUGCAAUGGAGGCAGGAACGCGUGCAAUGGACGUAGGAACACGUGCAAUGGAGGCAGGAACGCGUGCAAUGGACGUAGGAACGCGUGCAAUGGAGGCAGGAACGCGUGCAAUGGAGGCAGGAACGCGUGCAAUGGACGCAGGAACGCGUGCAACUCUAGUAGCCAGGCAUUUUGUCCAAGUGAUCGUCUAAUAUCUUGCAGUCUUUCAUUGUGUUUAUCAUCCUAA